AUGGCCAGGAGCGGUCUCGCUACUGUAGACGAAGAUUGCAACGUAGCAGAGCUACGAGCAGCGGUGCAACGGUGUACUGCGCAGCCCUGUCUCAGGCCGCGUCUGAUUCCCGACCAUAUUCGAGAUGAGCUUCCGGAACUUGAUGAAGACGAGUAUUCUAUACAACUCGCUAUCUUAACUCACGAGCCAGCCGAGUUUCCUCUGGUGUCGCAGGACAACCUCCGCUCGGUGCUCAGCGUCCCUUUCUCCGAGAAGCCGCUGCUGCUCGUCAGAACCCAACUCGUGCCCCCCCUGUCAAUUACUAUCUUCGACGCUGCGGCGGACGAGCUGAUUGUCCAACUCCGCGCCCAACAUCCGGUUACUACAGGCCUCCCUGAGCACAUGCGACGCUAUGCAAUGUACCUGGCGCCCCGGAGAAUCUGGGUGACACCACCAGAGACGUUGAGGGAGGCUGUCCGACGACUUCACCUGGCUUCCCUUCAGAAAGUGUCCAUGACCACACCGCUGGAGAUCAUACGUCGACCAUGGGCAAUAUGCGCAGCGUCGAAACCCGCUGAUGAAGACAGUCUGCGAGCGCUUUCGAUUAUCGAACGUCGUAAAACGUAUUUCCUGAAGCGUCCAACGAAACCUCCAUCGUCCGAGGCACAGCCACACCGAUUUUACCAAACGCAAAAGAAUGAGGACGUAGCGCUUUAUUGCGGCCGCCCAUACGAAGCUACCACACCCCCGACUCUUCUGGAUGCGACUUUGUGCCAGCUGCGUCAUGACAUAUCCCACAUCGUCCCGUCCGCCAACGACAUCCAAUGCUUCAACGCUCUGCGCGCAGAAGCGGUGCAACUAUACAAACUGGAACCUCAGCGGCGGACCAGCUUUUCUCGUGUCCUUCGCGAAGGAGGUACUCUACCGGAUUGGCCUCUUCGUGGGCGUGCAAGCAAGCACGACAACGGCGGCGACCUCCGAGUGUCCCGUUUGGGCGCUGAAUUCCUCUACUAUAUCCAGGCGGUCCAGCUCGAAGUCAGCCAGGGCACGACCGAGCCGUUUAUCGAAGCAAUCCACCGUCACAUGGAGCACAUCCGCAUCAUCAACGGUCGUGAACCAGGAGAUAUGGCGAAGACGAACUUCCCGGCAGUCAUACUGCUGAACUUCGGCCCGUACCUCGCUGUCGCCGCCGCAGCGUUCACCGAUAAGCCUGUCGCGGAACAUCUCGCAUGCGUGCCCUUGCACGUACACUCUACCAACGCCGACGAGCUCGCGCGGGGGCAGCGCGUCCUAGCCGCUCUCCGCGUUGCCCUCCACGACCUCAAAACCAACUACCCCGCGCCGGGUGUCCGCGGCCCGCCCGCCGACUGUCCCUUCCACGACUUUUACGAAGACGCCGACGGGACUCGGCAUGCGCUCACAUACGACGGCCCCGUCGAGGGCGCGCGCGCAUACGCGCAUCGCGCCGCGCACCGCACCGGCUUUGCGCCCGCGCUGUAUGCACUCAACAACGUCGGCGGCUGGCUGAUGGCUGUCAUGGAAGACAAGUCAGCCGCGUACACUUCAUUGUGGGAUCUGAAGCAGAACGGGGAGACGCCCGUGGACGAUUGGGACGCGGCCUUCGAAUGGGUCCAGCGGGCGGUGGAAGAGCAGCUCGCCCUCUUGUUCGAAGCGGGAUACGUGCACGGCGAUGUGCGCGACACGAAUGUACUGGUGCGUGACGCCGACGGAGAGAGAGACGUUCUCCUUGUCGACUGGGACUGGGCGGGGGUGAACUUGGAGGCGCGUCAUCCGCCGAAUAUGAGCCGGGAAGGAAUUCCUCGCCCGGAAGAUGCGUCGCCUGGCGGGCUGAUCGCCCCCGAGCACGAUAUGUGGAUGGUAGAACAUUUGCUUGAUUGGGACUUCCCAUAA